AUGGACGUUCUUGACGGUGUUCCGCGAUCGGUGCUCGGUUAUCCGGUGAAAACGCGUACCCAAAUUGUGAUGACAUUCCUAGUGCCGGUGAUCUUCGAGCUGAUGGUUUACAUCGUACUGACAACGGCGGAUAUUUUGGUGACCGUCGAACACUUUCGCAACGGUAACCCGUCCUGGGGUUGGUUCACACUGUCUCUUAUCUGGCUACCAUCGUUAGUGUGCUUUUGCUCCAUCAUAUCUACCCCGGAAAGGUGGCCAGAUCAGAUUGGGUGUGACGAACGGACAAGACGCUUUUUAUUUAUCAACACGGCUAUCCUGGUGUUCUUUCCGCUCGCUGCUCUCUAUCGCUUUAGUAGACGCAUUUUCUGGAGUGUUGAAGCCCUUUUCCACGAUAAGAAUACUUAUGGACGGGCACAAUCGGUGGCAAAAAUAUUGGAAAUGUCGCCCUGUGAGCUGUAUCACUUUCUUCAAGCUUUUCUGCAGGCGGCUCCACAGAUGAUGCUUCAGCUUUACGUCCUGUUACGCGAUAACACUUUUCGCAACUAUGACACGGUCACGGCACAGGUGAUCAGUGUCGUUUUCUCCUUCCUUACCAUGGCCACUAUCAUCACCAGCUAUCAACGUUUCGAAAGUCAAAAGAUCGUUGGUCGGUGCUAUCCGUGGAGUACGCCCGAGCAGGCGACGACGCGUCGCAAAGAGCUACUACGGUCAACUAGCACGGCUAAAAACACGCUUGCGACCCAAACACCGUCGAUCGCUCCGGAAGCGGAUCCGAUCGUACCGAACAUAAUGCGCAACUUCUACUCACGUUAUGGCAGCGAUGAAGAACGAAUGACCGAAGUAAGCGCACAUUUUGGUGCACCUAGCAGCCCCCGCAAAACGUUAAACGUCGAUGCGAUCAAUUUCAAUCGUCAGCAAUCGAAAGCACAUCACGAUCCGUUCGUCAACUUUACCGAUGAUGAUAAGCUGCACGAGAUCAAUGCACCCGACACCGUGGAUAGUGUUGUGGCCAAACCACGGCACACUGGGCGGAGUGUGAGCUUCAAGCUUCGAGAUACCAUCGAGGAACUGCAGGAAAUGGACCAUUAUCUACGCAGCACGGAAGAUAUCCGGAAUGUUACCGAUGACAGCGAUGACGAAUACCUGAAACCGGACGAGUUCGAUGCGGUCCCAAAGAAACGGGCCCCACCAACCCCGGAAGCAACGCCCGGUAUGUUUCACCGGGUGUCCGUGUUCCGGAACAUGUUGCUUUACAAUGCGGAAGCGUUCAUCAAGCAAAAAGUUCCUAGACUUCCGGAAGGAAUGUUCGAGCAUACGGAGCCGGACCGUACCGAAACGCGGAAAGUGGUAGAGCCCGAUCAGUACGACGGUGAUGCAAUAUCCUUACCAUCGCGCCGGCAGACGAUAGUGGGCCUGGAGCAGGACGAUAUGGUGGGCAAAACGGUGCUGUUCGUCGGAUGGGUUAUGUUCUUACUGAUGCGUAUGCUAUCGCUCUCCACGUUCUAUGUGUUUUUUCCCCUGUACUUCUGGAUGCUGGUCGCGAACCACUAUCUGCUGAUGAUCGCUUGCAUCAUCUACGAGGUGCGUCUGCACGAAAAGUUGGAGCGCUACUUCUUUUACCUUUUCCUCGCUUACAUGUACGUAUUUUCAUUGAUGGAGUUUAAAAUACGCUUCAUUCAUGUGCGCUGGUGGUACGUGGGUUACAUCGGUAUUGUGAUGUUGGAAAACGUCGCAAUGUUAGUGGUAUGGUUCAAUUUGGGCGUCUUUGAAUCCUGGUGGUUCUACUUUCUGCACCACACGAUCAUUGUGAGUGGUGCUUUAAGCAUCAUAUGUUUCCUGUUUUAUUACGCAUUUCUUCGCCCGAAGGAUAAGGUUUUGUUUGUAAAUGAGUGA